CGGUAGAGGGCGCUCUACAGAGGGUUCUCGGUAAUGGUCACCGGAACCUCUUAUACCAAUCACCGACAACAGAUGUGCCAAGCUCACGCUGAAGGGAAACAUAAAGCAGUUUAUUGUUGUUUUUUUGUUUUUUUUAAACCACAUAUUGUCUAUUUAGUACUUCAUUGAUCUACGAGGGUAACCUAUGACAUAUUAGGAAGAUGGGUAGGAGCAGGAGUCGAAGUCCCACAAGACGAGAGAGAAGACGUUCCCGCUCAACUUCACGGGAUCGUGAGCGAAGGCGAAGGGAGAGAGAUCGCUCUCGUUCUCGAGAUCGUGAGCGAGACAGGCGCAGAUCUCGCUCACGGUCUCCUCACAGGAGGCGUUCAAGGUCUCCUCCUAGACGUCAUCGCUCCUCCUCUCUUUCUCCUGGGAGACAAAAAGACCGACGAGAAGAUGACCGCAAAGAGGUUAAGGAAAAGCCUGCAAAGCCUGUUCAGAUUUCAGAGGAAGACAUGCAGGGCAAAACUGAAGAGGAAAUUGAGAUGAUGAAACAGAUGGGCUUUGGUUCCUUUGACACCACCAAGGGCAGGAAAACUGAUGGAUCGGUAAAUGCAUAUGCUAUCAAUGUGACCAUGAAGAGAAAAUACAGGCAGUACAUGAACAGAAAAGGUGGAUUCAACAGACCACUGGACUUCAUUGCUUGAAAGUAUCGGCAUCUCAGUGUGAUACUCAAGUCACUCACCUUUGUCCUCUCCCGUGGAUGACAUUGUGCUGUUUCCUGUUAUUUCUAACUUGUCUAGUGUGAUGCAACAGUUCUGUAUAUACCUUUUAACUGAUGACAUAAAUGUAAAUAGUCACAGCUGAGUACUGAUGAGAUCCCAUAUGGUCAGAAAUCAUGGGGCUCUGUGUGGUUGAGAUGUUAGGUGUUUUCUUUGAAAUAAAAGCAUUUUAAAAUGUG